AUGAAAUUUUUUUCUUUUGGCGCAAUUUUCCAAAUUCAACUCGACAUUUCUCUCGGAAGAUUCAUAUAUUCCGUACACCACACAUCCAAAUCGCCGUCCUCAGCCGCGUCACCCAUGGCGGAUUUCGAAGCUCCGUCGUUCUCUCUAGGGCUCGAUUUCGAGCUCGAUUCGCAGCCGAAUCUCACGGCGGCGCCCGAAUUUCAACCCGCUCAGAGCCUCCGGACUAUCGCCGAGGAGGAGGAUGGCGACGAUUUCGAUUCCCUGGUUUCGGGUCCGGACUUAAAAUGCUCGGAUCCACCGUUGCCUCUGAAGCGCCUCGUGCGCGGGUCCGCCGCCUGCAAAUCGACUUCGGCGGCCCGAAGUCGGAGUGUCAAGGAGGGGACGUUGUGUGAGUUGGAGGACGACGAGAUUGAAGAUUUCUCUUCUCAGGAAGAUCCGCCAGAAGAUCGCUCAAAAUCCAUAAGAUCUGUAAGCAGCAGUUCAAAAAUCCCAUUACACCAUCAUGGGGGGUUUUCCAUGCAAUCAGCUACUCAAUACGUUAGUCCUCUUAGAAGGUUCGAGAUAAUUGAUUCAGAUUCAGAUGAUCCGUCCACAACUGAACAUUUGAAGAAAGGUGUAAAAGUAAAGGCAGCUGCUGAAGAAUGUGCUCUUUCAAGUAAACAGAUGAGGGAUGAAACAUUGCAUGUGACUUUCCAGUCUGAAGACCUGUGGAAGGGUUUUUUGACAGAUGAAAAGUUUCAUAUCUCUACCCCUGCUUUAGAUGAGGUUUGUGAAGAAUAUUUUAGAUCUCUGACGGAUAGGAAUGCUGCCGUUCAGAAUGCAAAUGAAGAUGAUCACCGAAAGAGCAGUCUCACUGAGAACUGCAACAUGCAACAAAGGCAUAAUAGUUCUCUUGUACCGGCUCAUAGCUAUUUUUUCCAUAAGGAACUGAGGAUCCAAAAGCUAGUUCGUGACCGUUUGCCACACUUCUUCCCAUUGGGUGCCAAGAGUGGCCAAGGGGUCAAACAAAAUGAUGGAUCAAUCAAUUACAUAGGGCAAUUUGCUCCGAGGGGAGGCCCUGAGAGUCGAACCAACAAGGUUGCAGCCGAAGCAAUCUCUACAAAGCGAAGAAAGAAAGAUAGUCCCAAGGAGGCUUCUGAAGCGUCUAUCAGUUGGGUGAACCCCAAAGAUUCUGCUGUGGUUGCAAAGGAUGCAGGAAAGAGAAGAGUGCAUGCAGUUGGUAAUUCAGCUGGGCAUUGGCUCACAGCUUCAGAUGGGAAAAGAGUUUAUAUCACCAGAAACGGGGAAGAGCUGAGUGGUCGGAAUGCUUACAUGCUUUAUAGAAAGGAGAGCGGGUCGGGAUUUAACAAGUCAAAAAGCAACGCCACUGGUAAUAAGAAAUCCUUCGCCAAGCGCAAGAAGAGAUGACACUCCUUACUUGGUCCAGCCUAAUGCACUUGGAACUUUCAGAUAUCCACCAGUUUUGUGUUUACAUCAGCCUUGUAAAUAUCUUGUUUCUAACAAUUUAUAUAUUUUUACAGAGUUUGGAUCAAUAACAUUAGAGUAGCACU